UGGGGUUUGCAGCCGCUGCGCAGCGCCAGACCUGCUCCGGCCGGCGGGGGGCAGGGGAGCGCAGCCGGCCCCGCCCCCAGCCGGCGGUCCUCAGGAUUGGCCUGUGUGGCCGUCCUUCAGAGCUGGUGGGCGGGCCGAGGCUGGCGUGGGCGGGGCCGAGACUGUGGCUGCAGAACGCUCUGAGCAGCGCAGGGAGUCACACACUGGCUGGGCGCACGCGAGGCUGAACCCGCCGCCGCACGUUGCUGCAAAGUCCUCCGAGGAGCGGCGAGCGCGGUGGAGGCUGAGGCGCCGCUGCAGGAGUCGCCGAUCGCCGUGUCCCCCAGCACACCCAGCGAGGCCCCGGUUCUCUGCAGUCCCCAGAGCGGCUCGCGAUGCCCCCGCGCAAGAACGCCAAGGGCGGCGGCGGCGGCCACAGCAGCAGCAGCAGCGGCAGCGGCUCCGGCAGCGGUAGCCCGAGCACGGGCAGCAGCGGCAGCAGCAGUAGCCCGGGGACGCGGAGAGAGGCAAAGCAUGGAGGACACAAGAAUGGGAAGAGAGGAGGAAUUUCAGGAGGCUCCUUUUUCACGUGGUUCAUGGUCAUCGCAUUGCUGGGUGUCUGGACGUCUGUGGCCGUCGUGUGGUUUGACCUUGUUGAUUAUGAGGAAGUUCUAGCCAAAGCAAAGGACUUCCGUUAUAACUUAUCAGAGGUACUUCAAGGGAAACUAGGAGUCUAUGAUGCGGAUGGAGAUGGAGACUUUGACGUGGAUGAUGCCAAAGUUCUAUUAGGCCUGACCAAAGAUGGCAGUAAUGAAAAUAUUGAUUCUCUUGAGGAAGUCCUUAAUAUUUUAGCGGAGGAGAGUUCAGAUUGGUUUUAUGGUUUCCUCUCAUUUCUCUAUGAUAUAAUGACUCCUUUUGAAAUGCUAGAAGAGGAAGAAGAAGAAAGCGAAACUGCAGAUGAUGUUGAUGGACUUAAAGAAAGAUCUUCUCCAGAGAGGACAUUUUCACCAGAAGAGGCAGAGCCACGGGCAGAGCUGGAGGAGCACGCAGCUGAGGGGCCAGAAGUCCAGAAUGUUGAAGAUGAAGUAAAAGAACAAAUUCAGUCCCUUCUCCAGGAAUCAUUAUACACAGAACAUGACCUGCAGCUCGAAGCAGACGGGCCAGGAGGAGAGCCACAGCCCGAGGUUGAGGACUUCCUCACAGUGAUUGACAGAGAGGACACAUUCGAGGCCCUGGAACCGGGGACGGUUCAUGAAGAGGCUGAAGAUAGUUACCAUAUGGAAGAGGCAGCAUCGCAAGACCACCCAAACGAUGUGGAAGAGCUGAUGAAUGAACUGGAAAACUCAGAUCCCGGUGAGGCAGUAACAGAGGCUGACGGGCUGCAGCCAGGCACAGAGGAAGUAACACACCAAGACUAUGAUGAACCAGUCUAUGAACAUCCAGAAAAUGAUGGGAUAGAGAUUUCUGAUAACGCUGUAGAGGAUUCCAGCAUAAUUUCAGAAGAAAUAAGUAUCCCCUCCAUGGAAGAACAGCAAGACACACCACCAGUUAAGAAAAAGAAGCCUAAACUUCUGAACAAAUUUGACAAAACGAUUAAAGCUGAACUUGACGCUGCAGAAAAGCUCCGGAAAAGAGGUAAAACUGAAGAAGCAGUGAACGCAUUUGAAGAACUGGUUCGAAAGUACCCUCAGAGCCCACGAGCGAGAUACGGCAAAGCACAGUGUGAAGAUGACUUGGCAGAGAAGAGGAGGAGCAAUGAAAUUCUGCGCAGGGCCAUCGAGAGCUACCAGGAGGCGGCCGACCUGCCUGAUGCCCCCGCAGACCUGGUGAAGCUGAGCCUGAGGCGACGGUCAGAGAGGCAGCAGUUUCUAGGUCACAUGAGAGGCUCUCUGCUCACCCUCCAGAGACUGGUUCAGCUGUUCCCUAGUGACACUACCUUAAAAAAUGACCUUGGUGUCGGAUACCUCUUGAUGGGAGACAAUGCCAAUGCCAAGAAGGUUUAUGAAGAGGUUCUGAAUGUGACACCGAAUGACGGCUUUGCUAAGGUGCAUUACGGCUUCAUCCUGAAGGCGCAGAACAAGAUAGCUGAGAGCAUUCCGUACCUGAAGGAAGGAAUCGAAUCCGGGGACCCUGGCACGGAUGAUGGCCGGUUUUAUUUUCACUUGGGUGAUGCUAUGCAGAGGGUCGGGAACAAAGAGGCGUAUAAAUGGUACGAGCUUGGCCACAAGAGAGGGCACUUCGCUUCUGUCUGGCAGCGUUCCCUCUACAAUGUGAAUGGUCUGAAAGCUCAGCCGUGGUGGACGCCGAGGGAGACUGGCUACACAGAAUUAGUAAAGUCUUUAGAGAGAAACUGGAAGCUCAUCCGUGAUGAAGGCCUCAUGGUGAUGGAUAAAGCCCAGGGUCUCUUCCUGCCUGAGGAUGAAAACCUGCGGGAGAAGGGGGACUGGAGCCAGUUCACACUGUGGCAGCAAGGAAGGAAAAAUGAGAAUGCCUGUAAAGGAGCUCCAAAGACCUGCGCUUUACUAGAAAAGUUCUCCGAGACAACAGGAUGUAGGAGAGGACAGAUCAAAUACUCCAUCAUGCAUCCUGGAACUCAUGUGUGGCCACACACAGGCCCCACAAACUGCAGGCUCCGAAUGCAUCUAGGAUUGGUGAUUCCCAAGGAAGGCUGCAAGAUCCGGUGUGCCAAUGAGACCAGGACGUGGGAAGAAGGCAAGGUGCUCAUCUUUGAUGACUCUUUUGAGCAUGAGGUGUGGCAGGACGCCUCCUCCUACCGGCUAAUCUUCAUCGUGGAUGUGUGGCACCCCGAGCUGACCCCUCAGCAGAGACGCAGCCUCCCUGCAAUUUAAAAGGAAAUGCCACAGACUUAGAUGGUCCCCAGGGAGACCACCUUUCUGGUCCUUUCUGGGUGUGGAUAUACAAGUUCAAGAGCCACGACUCUUCAUUCCCUUGCCUUCCGGCUGAAGACCUCUAAGGUUCCUUCUGGGUUAGAAACCACUGGAGGGAGUGUUUGCCUUACUACAAUUCAUUAGGAGGCCCCUUGCUCCACGGCACUCAGGAGAGCACAGAACUAGUGCCUGGAUUGAAGGGGCACACUUGGUUGUGUCUACAUUGCUGGCCAAAGAUAUUUUUCUACGUAGAAUAGUGUCUACGUCAAUGUAGACUGAGGAUAUACUAUAUGUAGAAACUGUGAAUGAAUCACUUGCAUUUGUAAUUUUUCUAUGCAGUUAUAUUUUUCUAGGUGGCUAAAUCGGCCUUUCACCAUCUACACCCAUGUGUUGUUGACAAGAAGUGUAAAUGCUUCACUUCUAACUGUUAAAUAGUAAUUUUCCUGGUAAAUUCAGACAUCUCCAUUUUGAAAAAAAUAUAUAUAUAUAUCACUUGUGAAGAAGACAACUUUGUUCUCCUAACAGGAAUGGGAAGUUACUCCAGGAUUAUGAACUGUGCCAACCCUCGGGUCUACCUAUGUAUCUUCACUUAGACUCAGUAUCUUUCCCUUUCUCUGUGCUGGUAAUGGAAAUGCCAGCAAGCUCUUAUUUCUACGAGCAACUGAACAAAGCCAUGGAAACAUUUCAUGUUGUGAUAGGAAAACACCACAGACAAUUGGGCUCGGAAAGAAGAUGUAACAGGCAAAUGAAAAUUCUCUGUCAGGAUCAGAUGGCCAUUAUUUUUUUGGGGGGGGUUCUUAUUUUGGUUUUUUAUUUGUUUGUUUGUUUGUUUUUUGGGGCCUCUUUGCCUUCUGUACUUCUGUACUACAGGGCCUAGAAUCUACAGUGUCUGCCUCCUGUAGAUCUGUUUGAGUGUCACAAAGCUGGCCUCCUAGUCUCUAAGAGUCCCCUCACAAUUUCAUCAAAGUGGGAAGUGCCCAGGAAAGCUAGGAUCCUUCCCUAAGUGUGGAUGGCUCAGCUUGUUUGAUUCUGACUUUGCAGAACUUUUCAUCUUCCUCACUCUAAAAAGCUCUCAUUAUUUUGUGUUCAAUUCGUGUACUACCCAUGAUAUGGGAAGAGCAGUAAAACGUCAUCUUGUGCCUCAAGGUGAUCAGUUCACUAGUUAAGCAUUACUACCUUUGAUUUUCUCUUUUAAAACUGAAGGUAACUCGAGUCUGAGAAUGUCGCAACACUCACGCACUGAUCUCUAAGCCCGUCGAACAGCAGUGCUGCAGAAAUGACACGAACUGCAGCCACACAGCUGAUAAAACAUAGAUGCCCUCUUUUCAUCCAGUGUCAAGAGAAGCAGCUUUCUGUACCUCAUUUAAAGGGCAAUUCUUUAACAUUGAAAUUGACCCCUUUUCUUUUAGCUUAAGGAUAUUAGCUUUUAGUAGGAAAGUUUACAAAAUAUGUGUCCAUUCUUAAAAUAGGUACUUGCUCCUUCUUAGCCAGUGUUCAAAAUUUCCUCUAAAACAGAUGGCGAAGGCAUGGCAGGAAAAUAUCAAAUCCUUACCAAAUUCCAGAAAAGAAAACCACCUUGUAGGAAGUAAGAAGUUAUGUGUGUUCUUCAGUGUUUAUUAAACAGAGGAACUUACUGACAAAAGGCGAUACAGUCCAGUGUUUGUGGAGUAACACGUGAUCAACUAUUGGGUUUGGUUCUCCUAUAUAUUACAUACACAUAAGAAAAUGCAAACAUGGGUUCUCAUUGUUAAACCAUCACCUUACAUCCAUGUAAUAAAGUGGUGGAGAUGAGCAAAAGUUAGCUUUUAACUUAGUAAAUAUAGCGUUUUUUAAAAUAAGGUUAUUACAGUGGGAUUCUGAAUAUUGCCACGUGAAAAGCCAGACCUACCAUCACUAUUAAAAGAGUUGGCAGUCAUUGACUCCAACAGUACUUUGAAAAGUACUUGGAUCCCGUUUUCAUUUUAUAAACCCAAGCAAUAAAACAUUUUCUAAUUCACUUUAAUAUUUCCUCUCUCUUCUGUCAUAAGAAUUUACUCCAGUGUCUUGGUAGACAUUUUUCAAGGUUGUUAUUUCAUGAUUCAAAAGGUCUAUAUGAAAUGAAUUGGUGUUUUUAUAUACUAUGAUGCAAUUGUUUGAGAAAUAUUUUAAAUUCUGUUUCAAUUUUACUUCUCCAAGGUUUUGGAACAUAAAAAUAGCUUCUGUUACUAUUCUCUGCCAAGAGAAAGAAAUAAGAGUACAGUAGAUCAACUAAGGAAUGUAUACGUGUAGAAUGUAGCUCGGAGCUCAAGAGGGGAACACUUUGCCUAGCUCGAAUGACAAGGCCCUGAAUUUGAUCUCCAGCACUGAAAGGAGUCAGGGAGGAAAGAAAAAUAGAGAGACAGAGAAAGAUAGACAAAAGAAAAGGGGGAAGAGGAGGCAAAAAGAAGGGGGAAUAAAGAAAGACAUGCAGACAGUGAAAAAGGCAAGAAUAGGAAAACAGAGAAGAGAAAGAAGAGGCCACAAUUAGCAAUAUUUUUGGCGGUGACUAUGGCUGGGUGGAAGUUGAAUUGGUUUUCUUUAGGUUGUUCAGCUAGCAAAUCAACCUACCAAAAGCUUAAAAUGUAAGAUAUUUUUCCUAAGCAUUCUCAAUUAAAGUUUUUGACAGGAAGCACUGUGGUCAUAUUAGUAAGUGCCUGUGUUGUACGGAUGCUGGAGAAGAAGUCUACAUAUACUCAACAGGGCCUUGGGAAUCAUGGCACAGACAACAUCCUACCCUUUGAUGGCUGUUUGUUUUCUGUCUGACUUCCUGGGAGCGGAGACCGGGGUCCAUUUCUAAGGAAAAUGGAUAAGGAAGUAGGUUGGUCUUUGGCAUUUCAUCUUGCAUUCCUGGUCUUCUUCAUUAGUUUGGCACUUACAUGCUGAGCCAUUCUUAAGGGUAUUUCUGUGAGAUUUGACUGUUUGUCACCUCAGGGCCUUUCAUCACAGGUAAUAGGAGGGUUGGGAAAAAAGGGAUUUAAUUGUUGGCACUUUUCUUUGCUAUAGGAACCCAAGAACUAACUUGAGUGAGCUCAUCAGUCACUGGUGUGUUUUUGUCAAAGAGUUGCUUCCUCUCUGUAGACAUUCCUCCAGAUGCCUACAAGGAAUCACUUUGCUAAGAUGAAGCAGCCAUUUUUAAAAACUGCCCGCACAUUCUUAAUAUCCAGUUCAUGUGGCCUCACAAACAAGGCGAUGUCAAAAUCAUUCUUGCAGGAUAUUUAAAUUAAAAACUGCAAAUAGCCAGACCUGUGAGAUCACACUCAUAGGCUGAAAACCUAGAUGCUGGUGAUGAGGUCAGGAAACAAGUCAAUAAAACUGAAAAUGGUUGUAGCUACUAUUGUCUUGGGGUUCUGCACUACAUUAAACUUGACAGUGUGUCUGCACAGUUUCACUCCAUUGCAUUUAUUUGGAAAUGAAGUUCAUCUUAAUUUGCAAAACCUGGAGAGGGUCCCUGUGUGAAACCCUUAGAGCAAUUCUUGUCCUAAUGUAUAUGCAGCAAAUUUAGGUUUUUUUUUUUUUCCCCCUUUUGUAAGUACAUCUGCUGCCAUAAAUAUGAGGGGAGGGAGAAUCCUUUCUACACGAAUGCCUGUCUUCAUUUCUCCAACCCCUCACAGUAAAACAUAAAUUAAUUAGUUAAAUGGAA